AAUUUGCUUUCUUCUGUCGAGUUAGUGAUCUGUUCCUUACUCUCUACUUCAAGGAUAAGAAAAAACCUUGAAUUUGCAUUAGACUUUCAAUUGGGUUUAAUUUUCAACACUUACAGUUCAACAUCCUCAACAGCUCAGCAGCCUCAGAUGGAGCUGGGAGAGUCUCCCCCUUCUUCAACAGCUCGGCAGGAUAAGAGAAAGCCAGGAAACGUAUUUGAUGAAAUUACGCCGCAAGCAUCUUCAUCAUCGUCAACAAUCAUGAAGAAGGGACCAUGGGAUGUGUUCAUUAAUCAUCGCGGUUGUAAUACUAAGCAUAACUUAGCCAGCACUAUAUAUCACACACUUGAUCUGGUUGGAUUGCGGGCUUUUCUAGAUGUCGAAGAGCUGGAGUUGGGCGAUUCCAUACCACAUGAAAUACAGGAUGCAAUGUGUACUGCCGGACUUCAUAUUGCUAUUUUUUCACAGAAGUAUGCGGAAUCUCCUUGCUGUCUGGCCGACCUAUCUUUUAUGCUCAAAACUGGAACUCUAAUUCUUCCAGUGUUCUAUCAUGUUCAGCCCGAUGAUCUCCGAUGGGUGGGAAAAGGGAAAGGAUGUUACGCUCCUGCGUUUUACCAUCGCAAAAUGAAGCGCAGGUACUCCUCAAAGAUGCUGAAUGAGUGGGAAACGGCACUUGAAAGAGCCUCAAAUCUUUCUGGCCAGGUACUCAACAGAAAAAAUGGGGUGCCUUUAGAGGUUGCCAAACAUCCAGUUGCAAUGGAUGAAAUCGUACAAGACUUUGAAAGAACUCGAGGAAAAUCUAUUCAGAGUGAAGAGCAUGUACAUAUCGUGGGAAUAGUAGGGUUUGGCGGCUCCGGCAAAACUACACUCGCAACAGAGCUUUACAACAGGAGAAGCUCUUCCUUUCCUCGCUCCUGUUUUCUCCAUGACGUGUGAGAUGCCGCGUCCAGAAAUGCUUUACAUAUCAAGCAGAAGAAAUUGGUGGAGGAUGUCCGUGUUCAAACUGCAUCAUUUGACAACGUGAAGGAAGGCAAGGCAAUUGUAGCAGAUCGGUUGAAAAGUCUUUGCAUGCUUAUAGUUUUGGAUGAUGUAGAUCACGAGGACCAAUUAGAUGCUCUGUUGCCCCUAAAGGAGAGUAUUGGAUCAGGUAGUCUGGUCAAUCUUACAACACGAGAAGGGGAUGUACUGCAAAGUGGGCCAUCACAUCCAGUUACAAAAUGCAACCGCUACAACAUAUUCAUGCCAGGCAGCUGUUCUGCUGGCAUGUCUUCUUACAGCCUUUCCCACAAGAAGGCUUUGAAGAUUUAGUUGAAGAUUGCAUAGCUGUUUGCAAUGGGUUGCCUUUGUCUUUGAAGGUGAUUGGAGCACAGCUUUACGGUAAAAAAUCCAAAGAUUAUUGGGUCUCUCAGGUAGGUAAGAUCCGGAGAAUAUUGCCCAAGGAAAUUAUGCAGAGGCUGAAAGUAAGUUACGAUGCCCUCGAUAGAGACGAGCAAGAAAUAUUCCUGGAUAUUGCAUGUUUCUUUAACGGCAAACGGAGGAGUUCUGCAAUUGCUGUAUGGGAUGGAUCAGGCUGGAGCGGUCUAUAUAGUUGGGAAAUGCUUUACAACAAGUGCCUUGUUGAGGUGGACCAGAAAGAGCGUAUAAGAAUGCAUGAUCAUCUCGGGGAUUUGUGAAGGGAGAUUGCAAUGACACAUACACCCUUGCGAUUCUGGUCAGAGGGACAGAGUAUGCACACUCAGAUGGAGGGCAGUUUCUUAAAGCAUCAAUAUAUGAAUACCAACCUAAUAAAAUAUACGAUGGAAGGUUAAUAGUUGGAGAGAGAGGCAACAUUGUUGAAGGUUGUAAGAAACUCUUCCAAACUCUUUGCAAGGCCACAUCUAUUGGUUAGUUCGUAUUAUUGUUAUUGUUAUCAAUGUGCAAUUAGUGUUGUACUCUAUCUUUCAUAACCAAUAAAGAUUA